UAGAAACAAUCCAUGGGUCCUCACAAUAUCCAUAACUUGUAUUUGAUCUUCCAGCAAUGGCAACCUCUCAGGCAUUCGAUGUACAAGAAGAAACCGAAAGGCUCAUAUCAGAUGCACCACCGGCCCACUACAUUGUCAAGAUACAGUCCUUUUCAUUGCUAACAAAGAACCGCAUUUACAAGUACGAAUCAGGCAUAUUCCACGCAGAAGGAUACAAAUGGAAAUUGAUACUGCAUCCAAAUGGAAACAAGACCAAGAAUGUCAAAGACCAUGUUUCGGGCUACCUGUCUAUGGCUGAAACAAGUUCGCUCCCUUCCAAUUGGGAGGUCUAUGCUGUCAUUCGAUUAUUCUUGCUGGAUCAGAACGAAGACAAUUACUUCGUAGUUCAAGAUGCAAUGGGAAAGCACAGACAGUUUCACUGGAAGAAGCUAGAAAGCGGAUUCGAUCGGCUCAUCCCUCUGAAGACAUUCACUGACUCCCGAAACGGGUAUCUUGUGGAUGAUACUUGCGUUCUGGGUGCAGAAGUAUUCAUCCCCAAGGAAAGGAGCACAGGAAAAGGAGAGAGUUUAGUGAUGAUAAAGGACACACUCAGGAACAAUUAUACCUGGAAGAUCGACAAUUUCUCGAAUUUGGACAGAGAAUUUUACGACUCAAGUAUAUUCCUAGUUGGAAACUACAAAUGGAACAUAAGGUUCUUUCCCAAUGGAAUAGGCAGCGGGCUAGGUAGCCAUAUUUCUCUUUAUUUGGCCUUAGCGGAGACGGAGUCCCUCCCUCCAGGUACAAAAGUAUUUGCAGAGUUCUCCUUACGAAUCCUUAAUCAAGUGAAGGGAAGGCAUUACACUGUUAAAGCUAAUCACUGGUUCAGUGCCUCGAGUUGGGAAAGGGGAUGGGCGAAAUUCAUCUCACUCACGAGUUUCAAGCUCCUCGGCCCGUUAGUCAAGGACUUCUGCUGGGUGACUGCUGAUGUUUCUGUUCUGGGGGUUGUAAAUCCUUUUACCUGAUUCCAUCGAGUUCAAGACAGCCAGCAUAAUUGCAUGUUCUAGUGAUAGUUCGUGAAUUCUGAUUUCAUGUAAAUUAAUGUGAAUCCGCCUUGAAAGUAGAGAAAAGAUUAAGCAAGAUAAGUUCCGCUGAAUAUUUGUUAGGUACUUUCACAGAGGUUCCAGUUAAUGGACAGAUUGCGUUACUAAUUAAUAAUCCAUGUAGUGAUA